AGAUGACAGUGUUAGCGAGAACGAAACGCUACCAUGCAGAGAGCUACCACACAGAGAGGCGUGCUCUGUGAAAGGAGAGCAGCGUAGUGCUUGCAGCUGGUGGAUGCCUUCUUUUGUGCCGUUAUGAGAGUGUGCUGCUGGAGAAGCGAGCAUAAUUACAUCGCGGUGCAGACAAGGAGCCCGAUCACCAACACAUCCGUGUUCUCAAAGAAAGGAACAUGGACCUCCGUUUGUGGCAGAACUCAGCUCUUCUUUUCGUCCCAAAGUUCCGCAGCAGUUAAAGGCAACACAUGCAUCAAAGUCCAAUUGUGGGUCCAAGCAAUGAAGCACUCAAAGAAAAUGUGGCUCAUAAUGCUGCUAGGUGUUUGUGUGGUGAUCAUACAGUACCACAUCUCCUCCACAUGGUUAGUGGGUGGAUCAAACAGUGGAACUGGAAAUGGACUCUCUUAUGCAGACCCUGCUGUUGCUGCAGCUGUAAGGGAAGAGUUACUGCAUGCUGCUAUAGGUCGCCUGAGGCUGGAUGACACUAUCUCAGUCAGUAUUGGCCAAAAACUGUUACAUGAUUUGAUAAUGCAGCUGGGCCAUGAGCUGUUGGCAGUGGGAGCUUGUGGUGAAGUGUCAGUGCCAGCUGCUGCAGAUUCUUCUUUAUCCCAAGUGCCACUUACAUCAUACACAGCACCCCGCUUGUACAUUAUCACACCAACAUAUCGUAGACCAGAACAGAUUCCAGAAUUGACGCGUAUGGCACAAACAUUAAUGCAUGUGCAAAACCUUCACUGGCUGGUGAUUGAGGAUGCAGAGAAUAAAACACAGUUGGUGUCUGAAUUGUUACACCGAACUGGCAUUUCCCAUGACCAUCUUGUAGCUCCUAUGCCAGAGGCAUUCAAGAAAAGGAAAGGUCCAAAGCCUCGUGGAGUAUCCAAUAGAAACCGUGGGCUUGAAUGGCUGCGAGCCAAUGCCAAGGAUGGUGUGUUCUACUUUGCAGAUGAUGACAACACAUAUGAUAUCCAGUUAUUUGAAGAGAUUCGCACAACAAAACAUGUGUCAAUGUGGCCAGUUGGACUGUGUACGAAAUUCGGACUGAGUUCACCUGUGGUUGUCAACGGUACCUUUAUGGGAUUUUAUGACGGAUGGGUGGCAGGAAGAAAAUUUCCUGUUGAUAUGGCGGGCUUUGCGGUCAGUGUGCAGUUCCUAUUACAGAGGCCAAAUGCAACAAUGCCUUACAAGCCUGGUUUUGAGGAAGAUGGAUUUCUUAAAAGUCUGGCACCAUUUGAACCUAAGGAGAUAGAAUUAAAAGCUAAGAACUGCACCGAGGUGCUAGUUUGGCAUACACAAUCAAAGAAGAAUGAAGCUUCUGCUGCUCUUGAUUUAACAAAAUACAACAACACAAACUUGGUGAUAUUAAAGCAGCUGAUUGUGUAAUAAUGGUGCUGUGAAGAGGUACUCAUCCAAAGGAAUACUCUGUGCAACAGUACUCAUCUUGAAGCAUUCCAAGUGACAGCUAUCAUCAGGUAGUCUUCAGGGAGGCUGUCUACCAAUCUCAUGAUGUGACUGAUUGAGUGAAAUGUUGCCAUCCAUAAAAUGAAGUGUUACUGUAGUGAGAACGUGGACCUGUGAUAAACAAAUUUUGUGAUUAUUUGCAUCGAUAAACGUUAUAUCUGAGUCGGCUCAAUAUUAACUAACUAUUAUAAUGUUUAACCUUUAUUGUCCCCAAAGUACUCCACUGUGGUACUCUAAAAGUACAUUCCCAACACUCAGUGUAUCCCAUGAUGGCACACUGAAACCAUUCUACCACUGCACUCUUUGUAUGCAUUUGUGAUGCAUCAAACUACCUGCUAGAUUUUCUCUAAUAAAUGGGCGGCUCAUAUUCUACAUUGUGUAACCCAUCACUACCAUUGACAUAUAAACAAUUUUUAAGUGCUUACAAUUGUCUGACUCAAAAGUAUCAUUAACAAGACAGCUGCAAAAUAACUGCUUAUGAAUUAAGAGAAGGAGGUCAAGGAGAAUUGCUAUGCAACUACUCCAUAUCUCAGUUGUGUUUAUGUAUACAAAGUACAAAAAAAAUAUUAUUUCUGUUAUUUCUGCUGCAAAAUCAGUUUUUCAUUAUUGAAUUGUGUUUGUUGCAUUAUAUAAUGCAGGCUUCAACCAAUAAUUCUGUGCUUGUGUUUUACUUCUAUUUUAGUGGUAGAACUUUCAGGACAAAAUGGCAAGGGAGAAGCAAAAAUGUAUUAGUGUUGUCCACUUCUUAUCUGGCAGACUGUCUGGCUUGUGAACUCAGGUCAACAAUGUCUCACAUCCACCAAGUAUUUGCUUGCUGUUUUCAUUGCAGUUCUCUAAUUAUGAUGAGACAAUCAGAUACCAUCACCAAUAUAUGGUAACCCAUAAUGAAUAACUUUACCCUCAGUCUGUUAUGACCAUAGCUGGUAUGUGCUUAUUUUUGGCCCUAAUCAUGGAGAUGGGCUGUGGCUUGCCAGAAUCUCUGUAUGGGUACAAGUAGACUCUACAGCAAUUUCACCAACAUGUAUAUUGUCCUCAGGGUCAUCACACUGUGAAGUCUUACAGUCAGGUAAAACCGUUUCAGAGGAAUACACUGCCUUCAUCUUCAUGGCAAAAAUGAGCAAAUUUGGGGAAGUACCAGGUUAUGCAGAAGUAGUGGGAUAGGCAAUUAGUCAUGGAUGAUGGAUGACCUGACAGCCACGGUUUGGAAGCAGGCAGACGUUUAUAUCCUGUCUAUAUGAACCCUACAAAGAAAUCUAGCCAAAACACAACGUUUAUUACUUGUAUCUGACGGGUGCUCUCUCAGAAUUUCUAGGGGAGACUGACUGUUCUAAGUCAGGUUGUUUCUAGUUUUCCUUCAACCAUCCAGGGAAAUGCUAGGAUGGUACUUCAAACUGACAAAUACAUGUUACUUCUACAUCCUUUCCAAUAAUCAUUACUAACCAUCCUGCCGUUUAACUCUUCAUACCCUGAGCUACUGACACCAUUGCUAAGUAAGUCACAAAUGUGAGGGGAAAAUAUCCAGAAAAAUGGGGAAAUAAUUGUUGAAUCCCACAGACCAUGUUAGCUUAAGCUAUAAUGUUUCUGACUUGUAUCUGGGAGGCAAUCAUUUCAAAUCUCAGUGGGGUAUAGACUGUUCUGACCAAGGCUGUUUGUAGUUUUCUUAGUCCCUCCAGGCAAAUACCAGGAUGUCACCUAAAGUUAGAUGAUGAUGAUGAUGAUGAUGAUAAUGAUGAUGUCCUUCAACGACCUUCCCAGUAAUAAUUCACUAACCAUCUUAUCAUUCAACAUUUUAAACUCUGAACUACUGAUAUUGCCACUAUAUAGAACACAAAUGUAAGUGGGCAAACAUCAAACGGGGAUAUAAAUUACACCUGCACACUACAGAGCAUGGAGGCUCAAAUCAUAAUAUUUCUGACUUGUAUUCCAGAGGUGAUUACUGAAAAUCUUGACUAUCCUGACUGAGGUAAUUUGUAGUUUUCCUCAGUCCCUCCAGAAAACUGCCAGGAUAUUGCCUAAAAGUAGGCUUCCUUCCACAUCUUUUCCAAACCAUUCAAUACUUUAUUUAUUCUGAGCUACUAACAGUACCACUAUAUAAACCAUAAAUAUAUGUGUUAAACAUCCACCAUAAGAUUGAAAUUCCUGUAUUGAACAUGGAAACACAGUGGUUGAAGGCUACAGCAGAUUGUAUUUUGCAAUCAAACCACAGAGUGGUAUACACCUACAUGGCAAGCAGUGAUAUUAUGAUAAAAACAAACUUCCUGGAAGCCAAUAGCAGUUCCAGCAUUGUAUGUUUCAUUCACAACCCAAAUAAAUAUACACCAUACCUAAUGUGAGAAAUGUCACAUUGGUCUAUGCAUUGUUAUGUACUUCAGAGAUUGUGACAAUAUAGUGAAUUUUUUAGGACAAUACCUUGGUGUGAAAUGCACGUGAGAUUCACAGAACACACAGGUGAAUCAGACAUACACCUACUAUAUUGAUUUAUUUUACAUUAUAAUAGGUUUGCACAUGAGUCUGUGGCAUAUAAUAAAUUAUAAAAAUUGCAUUUUUGUAAUGCCAUCAUCUA